CGGACUUUGUUUCAAACUUUUUUUUGUUUGUUUUCGAGGUUGGAUUUUAAUAAUCACAACCAUCUUACCAUUACAGUUUUGAUAUCAUUAUGGUAUUUGGAUCGUUUUAAAACUUACACACACAUCUAUACUAUCCUAUUGACCUUCUUUUAAACAAACAUGAGACACGGCUCAGCCAGACGGUGUAUUUUUGAAAAAUACUGAUUGGACUGCCCUGAAAAUUUCUCCAGUUGUUCCUUUCACAAGGAAGUAGUAUAUCUGUUCAAAAUGCCACCACUUGCAUGCGUGUGUGUAAUCAAUAGUUAAAAAAACAACUUAUAUUUGUUUAACUAAUGGAAGAUAUACCAUUGAAUCCAAUUUUGCCCAAACCAACAAACCGAAACUUAUGUAUGAAUCAGAGUUCCAGUGACGACGAACCUACCGAACGUACUAGUUUGCUUUCAUCACCAGCCAGUUCAGGCAGCCCACCUCGAAAUCAUCCCAACAUGGAGACAUAUAUUGAUGCUGAACGCACUGAACGUAUGAAUCGACGGGGUCAGCGACCCGACAUACGGGGAAUAUAUGAUAAUGAUCGAGAAGCUGAGGUUGACCCCUCAGAAUCUGAAGUUAGCAUUCCUCCAACAGUGGCCCGUAGGAAAGGGUACAGCUCUGGCACUGAGGAAGAAGAAGAGACCCUACUGUAUGGUGCCAAACAUGUCAUCAUGUUGUUUGUUCCUGUCACAUUGUGUAUGAUUGUGGUUGUAGCAACAAUCAGCUCUGUCACAUACUACACUCAGCCAGGUGGAUACUUGAUCUACACUCCAUUUCACGAAGAAACAGAUGAUUCUGGAACAAAAGUUUGGCAGUCCUUUGCCAAUGCCUUCAUUCUUCUGGGAGUCAUAGCUGUUAUGACUGUUGUGCUGCUGUUGUUAUAUAAAUACAGGUGUUAUAAGGUCAUACAUGGCUGGCUUAUUGUAUCCUCUCUCUUGCUGCUCUUUAUGUUUUCCUACAUGUACUUAGGGGAAGUAUUAAAGGCUUACAAUGCCCCCAUGGACUACAUCACAGUGGCUAUUUUAAUGUGGAACUUUGGGGUCAUUGGAAUGAUUUGCAUUCACUGGAAGGGCCCAUUGUUAUUGCAGCAAGCCUACCUCCUGAUGAUUAGUGCUUUGAUGGCACUUAUUUUUAUUAAAUACUUACCUGAUUGGACUACUUGGUCAGUGCUUGGAAUUAUGGUUUUCUGGGAUUUAAUUGCUGUACUUUGUCCUAAAGGUCCUCUACGUGUCUUAGUAGAGACAGCUCAGCACAGAAACGAAGAUAUUUUCCCAGCUUUGAUAUAUUCCUCCACAAUGGUAUGGCAGAUUGUUACCAUGGCAGAUGAGUCACCUAAAAGAGAUUCUGGUGCAAACAGUACUUCAACACUAGCUACAGAUGUCCAUUCUUCACCAGCUACAAAUGCUACAUCUAACCCAGAAGCAGGAACUAAUAUCUACCGUAAUGAUGUUGAUGCUCACAACUUAACCAACAGUAUUGAUUCCCAAACAGCACGCCGAGCUAUUGAUGCCCUUGGCGAAAUGGAGAAUGAUCCAAAUUCAGAAGCUAAUAAUCGCCCUCCUGCUGAUAGAAACCGACGUUCCCAAGGCUCUGGAGAAGAAGAGGAAGAAGAAAGAGGUGUAAAGUUGGGUCUUGGAGACUUUAUAUUCUAUGGUGUUCUAGUUGGUAAGGCUUCUUCCUAUGGAGAUUGGAACACAACACUGGCCUGUUUUGUAGCUAUAUUGAUUGGAUUAUGCUUCACUCUGCUUCUGUUGGCAAUAUUUCGAAAGGCUCUACCUGCUUUGCCUAUCUCAAUUACAUUUGGACUGAUUUUCAAUUUUGCUACCCGUGGCCUUGUACGACCAUUCAUGGAUAACUUAGCAAGUGAACAGAUGUAUAUAUAACCUUUGAUGAAAUGACUUUUAUUGUCAUUGUUAGCUAUCCCAAGAAAGAAUAUCCUCGUCUACAGACAGCAAUCAUUGCCCUGUAUAUGUCUUUCAUUACUGCUUUUGUUCUCAGACAAUGGUUAUUUUAACUUCCUCAGAGACACUUUUCUAUCAUAAUCAUCAUCAUCAACCUUAUGUUUGACGACUGCUAAAAUUUUGAAGAAAAGUUUUUUUUUGUUUUUAUGCAAGAUUUAAGAUUAUAGAAAAUCAUGAAUGGACAGAAUCAACAUACCAAAUGUUUAUUUAUCCUUGAAUUCUAAGAGUCAGCUAUAUUUAAAGACAUCCAAAUACUGAUAUGGAUGAAAUUGGUUCUUUGACUGACCCUCCCAUGCCCUUCCCAUUCAUAUAAUAUUUUGUAUAACCAUUCCAGUAGUUUCUAGAGAAGGCAAAAGGAAAAUGCCUUUAUUCUCCAAUCUCGAUUCCUAUAUGUAAACACAUUCAUCAUUGCUGACCCAAUGUUAUUCCACUAGUUAGCAAGGUUUCCUUCCCUCUAAGGGUGUUCAAUACUCAAAACUGUUCUCCUUCCCCAUCCCGCAUGCAUACACUCACACACAUACACACUUCACUUCUUUGAACCUUUCUAUGAUACUCUCUUCCAUCCAUCUUGUAUUUUCAGUGACACAAAACUCACCUAUUAUCAAGCUGUCUUUGUUAUUCAUUCUAUGGGAAAGGGAAAAUAUUAACAUUUUUAACCUAACAGUAUCUUUUUGUAUCAAAACAUUGCAUGUUGACACAUUACAUAUUUUCUCUAACCCUUCAUUUAUAAAGUAUACUCUUUUGUGUGUGUGUGUGUGUGUGUGUAGUAGUAGUAGUAGUAAUUGCAGCGGUUCUCUAAGAUGUUUUGUGAAUUCAACAUUUGUUGAUAUAUGAAAUCAGUUUGUGUUAAUUUAACUACUGUUUGGUAUUUAAAAUUUUUAUUUAAACAAAAA